AUAAUAUUAAAGAUGUCAUCAGGUUUUGGUGCUUGGGGUGGUUCAGGAACAUGUUAUCCAAUUUGGAGUGAUUUUUGUACAUGCGUUUUUGAUAAACCAAUUGAAAUUUGUGAACCAUACAGAAGAGAUUAUCAAGAAUGUCUUAAUAAUACCAAAGAAUAUAAAUCUCAAAAAUCAGCUGAUUAUGGCAAAGGUGCUGAUGAAAGACUUGCAAAAGUUAGAGAAGCCAUGAAAAAAGUUGAAGAUUACGAACCAAAAGUUGGAAAAUCAGAAUAAAUAUAAAAAUAUAAAAUAUAUACAAAUAAUUUAAAUUAAAUACGAAAUUUUAAUCAAUCAACCAAUCAAUCAAAAAUUUUAAAAUAAAUCUCUUCCAAAUGUUAAUAUAAAUCACAAAAAAAAAAAAUUUUAAAAAAAAAAUUAAAAUAAAAUUAAAAAGAAAAACUGUUUGGUUUUUUUUCACAAAUAUAUUAC